AAGAAAUACAGAGAUAAAGCAGUGCCAAACACAGAUUUAAUGGAACAUAUUUUUAGUGGGGUUCAUGUAAGUGGAGCAGAAGGAUGGAGUGCUCAGCAAGGUGAAAACGAGUUAGACAAUACAGAGGUAGAGAAUGACGAUGCUGCAUCUGAAGCUAGGCCAACCAAUCCUCCAGCAAUGCAAACCAACGACGAUGUUCCCUCAUCCUCUAAUGGUCCACGAGACUCCAAUGCUCCACGAGCCUCUUCUGUCCCAAAGCCUUCUCGGAAAAGGCGGUCAAGGCGGUUCUCCUUUCUUGUGGGAUGUUUGA